AUGUCCAAAUCCGCCCCCACCAGUUCCUCGUCUCCCCCAGCCCCCUCCGACAUCGGGCUUGGCGACCCCAUGGCCCUCCCCUCAGCAGUGCCGUCCAUGUCGGGAGACACUCACGUCUCCGACGCCUACCUUAACUCAAUGGGCCCUAGUGUCGACACUCCGUCCAUUCCUCCCUCAGACACCCUCGCCGCUCUCUCCGAGCUCUACGACCUCGGCACGGACACCUCGCCUACUGGCGCCAGUGCUCACUCCGGCAAGACGUACGGGGAAUUGAUGGUCGCAGCAACGCGCCGUCUCGUUCCCCCCGCACGGUGGGCGAGCAUGAUCGAAGAGCUCGCCGAGUACCACCGCUCUCUGGUCAUCGCGGAGCUUCUGGACACGCCGCGCCCCUCUACAAUCAGCCCACGGACCCACGCGAUCUUAGUAGAGACGCUCUUUGCGGGUGCGGCAGCGGCGAUGGACCUUGGGGGAACCUUUGCGGAUGCGGGAAUAGAUGCAGAAGCCCGUGCGGAUGCAGGCGUGUCUUCUCUCACGGACGACAGGGAGCAGGAGGGUGCUAAUGACACAGGUGUGGCAGGCCCGGGCGCAGCUCCCGUUGGCCCCCAGAUGCGCACGCGCACACGCAAGAGGAAGGGGAAGGGCAAGGGGAAGGGCAAGGGAGUGGGCAGGGGCGCGCGUGCGGACACUGACGCAGGUGUGGAUGCGGGCGUGAGGGCAGGUGUUGUUGGCGCGACCCCCACCCACCCUUCGGUCGACGAUGAGCUGCCCGGCCUCAUUACCCCCGUCCACUCCGACAACGACUCCGACGCCUCAGACAAUGAGUACAACUAG